CACGACCUGCCCUCCCAGUUACCACACCACACCAAACUCCAUUGAACCAGCUCGUCUUCUUCCUCUGCUCAUCUUAUCUCCUCCCCCGGAGCAGCUGCUUGGAUCUCCAUUUCUUCGAUCUCCUUCGGAUUCGUGCCAUCUAUGCUACUAGUUGGCCCGGGCAGCAGAUCAACCUCCGCAAACAAGGUCAUUUAGCCCUGGCAAAAUGGACCAGAUAGCAAGCAAUGAUGAAGUUCCAUCCGUACUGGACAAAGAAAAUCUCAGCGAUUAUUCUCCUGAUGAACUUGGCAGUGAUGUGGACUGUUCUGGUGGAUCAAGUGGCCCUCCCGGCAGUCCUGCGAUUACAUCCAGGCUAUCUCUGUUGAAAUUAGGUUCGGUAAUAGCUAAGUUUUCUGAUUUCAAGAAAAAGCUCGUAAGGGAAAUUGGUUUUGAUGGAUUGUUCCUGAUAAAAUCAUGGCAAAAGUUAAAUCUGAAGUACAGUUCUUACCCUAAUGGAUAGAGUUGAUGUGGAUAGUAGCACAAUCAACUUGGAGGGCCAAGGCAUGAUUGAGUUGUCUGACCAAGAAGUACACCAUGUUUUUGCCAUCCCUUGCAGUGAGAAAACAAUAAGAUCAGAAGGCAUUGAACAGUCAGAAGCGUGUAUUGAGUAUUCAAGAUUUGCAGCUAGCUUUGGUGACAAAGGUACACACAGCCUCAAGGCAGCAGAGGCACAUCUGAUGCGCGACAUCUCCGCUGAAUCUAGGAAGAUAGAACUUGAGUGUUUCAAGAUUGCUUUUGUCAUUUUCGCCGUAGGUCAUGUGCUCGCACCGUCAGCCAAGCAUGACUACAUUACAAUUGAUUUCUGGGGAGCAAUUAAUGAUGUAUCUAAAAAUCAGAGAAUGGAACUGGUGCAGUUACCUUUUGAAGCACCUCUUCCAAGCUGUUAGGAAGUUUAAGACAGAUGUCAUAAAGCGCAACCCCACCAUCCACAUUGUUGGAUGCCACUUGGUCCUGCAGGUUUUUGUAUUAGAUAGCCUUGAUCUGGAUUUGUUGAGCAAAUUAAGGGGGAUGUUCCUGCGAAUGGCACUUUUUGAUUAUGAUUCAAUGAAGAAAAUGAUUGAGUCCAUUUCUGUUAACAUGGGAGCUGGGGAAAUAUCAUUCCACGGCGCAUCGGUCCGACAGAAUCUUAAUAUCAGCAAGGAAAUUGUAUGUGCCACCAACAUUGAUUUGAACCCAAACAAGUCAAGGGCAUCACCCAACACAAAACGAGUGCAGAUUCCAUCAACGGUUAUCCCCCGAAAUAAUUAUGGCAAGUCUGGUCCACUUGAAUUUUCGAAACAUCUGCGUACCAAGUACCCGUCCGUUUCGGGCGAGAAGCUUGGUAUACUUUUGAGAGAGCACAAUGCGCGUGGGCUGGCUAGAAUAUCAGAGAUGAGGGAAUCUUUCCAGAACUCGAUGUUUAGUUUCGCAGAUAAAAUAGUUAUCUGCAUAGCUGAAAAUUGUAUGUGUUGCAAGGCUAAUGGUCGAAAACAAUGCAUUCUGAAGAGCGAGCUUCCGACCAAUGGUAACAUUAACAAUGUGCCAACCGGAGAAGAAGAACUGUUUGUCACGCCAAUUGCGAACAAGAUAGUAUCAAGGUUCUCUGCGCCUGUCGAUAAUGAAGGUCAUCAUUUAGUUUCAGGCAACUAUAUUAGUACUACUAUGCAUGUAUCAUCAUCAACAGACUACAACAUAUCUAGACAUAAUCCAUCGAAAUUCAUGCAUUACGGGUACCUCAUCAGCAAAUAGCUCAAUUGACCGUAAAAGGUCUGUCGCACCCAACCCAAGCAAUGAGCAAGACUCAUCAAAGAAACUAUGUGUUCGACAGGACACACCUUGAUACGUCUCCAACGUAUCUAUAAUUUUUGAUUGCUCCAUGCAAUAUUAUCUACUGUUUUGGACAUUAUUGGGCUUUAUUAUCCACUUUUAUAUUAUUUUUAGGACUAACCUAUUA